CAAUAACACAAGAUUUUAGCAAACAUAUUUUUACAUACCUUUCAUAAGUAUAAGUAAAAUUUCUCAAAUAAAUUUCCUUGAAUUCUUUUUGUAAAUCAUCCUAGCUUACUUCAAGUUUCAGGUGUUUCUAAUUCAUAAUGCAAAACGUAAAAGAAAUACAAAAUUCAAAAGGAUUUGAAUCAAAGAAAAUGAUAACAUUCUAUUUUCCAAGAAGAUAUGUCUUGAUCAUUCUCGGCUUCCUUGGAAUGGUCAGUGUGUAUACAAUGCGAGUGAAUCUCAGCGUUGCUUUAGUUGCUAUGGUCAACCAAACAACAACGUCUUCAAGUAAUGGAUCACUUCAUGAAUUUGUGGAAUGUCCAAAUCUUCUGAACGCUGGUACUCAGACUGAGAGCACACAGUUCAAAGGGACACGGUACAAUUGGGAUUCCAAAGUGCAAGGUACUAUCUUAGGCUCUUUCUUCUACGGUUAUAUUCUUACUCAGGUACCAGGUGGAGUGCUGGCAGAGAGAUUUGGUGGCAAGUGGCUGUUUGGAGUGGGUACAUUUAUUACAGCUGUUUUUUCGAUAUUAACUCCCCUUGCGGCCAGCUUGGGCACAACAGCUUUCAUCGUUGUAAGAGUGCUUGAAGGAAUUGGCGAGGGUGUAACAUUUCCAGCCAUGAAUUAUCUGAUCAGCACUUGGGCGCCCAUGACAGAACGCAGCAGAUUUUCUACAAUCAUAUUUACAGGCAAUCCAUUCGGGAAUGUGAUUGCCAUGCCUAUAUCUGGUCUUCUCAGCAGUGCAAGUUUUCUAGGAGGAUGGCCGGCUGUAUUCUACGUCUUUGGUGGCCUUGGAUGCAUAUGGUUUGUAUUUUGGUCUUUCUUAGUAUAUGAAACUCCAGAUAGACAUCCUACCAUUUCCAAGGAAGAGCUUUUCCUUAUUGAACAAAACAACGAUGAGAAAUUAAAACAGAAACCGGCCGUUCCUUGGAGAGAUAUUUUUACGUCUAUCCCUAUGUGGGCUCUCGUCAUAGCGCAUACGGGACAUAAUUUCGGAUAUUAUUUGUUGAUGACAGAGAUGCCAACAUAUCUUAACAAUAUUCUUCAUUUCGAUCUAAAAUCGAAUGGGUUUCUGUCCGCAAUUCCUUACAUUGCACAAGGAGCUGCAGCUUGGGUUGCAUCAUUCAUUGCAGAUCGACUUAGAGUGUCCGAAACUAUGUCCAUCACCUCUAUUCGAAAGCUAUUCCAAAUUAUCGGGGUAUUCGGGCCAGCUUGUUGCUUGCUGCUAAUCAACAUAUCCGGGUGUCGUCCACAACUGAUUGUUGCUCUUUUAACUCUGGGAAUGGGAUUUAAUGGUUGUAUAUACUCAGGAUUCAACGUAACUCACGUUGACAUGUGUCCAGAUUUUGCAGGAACUGCGUUUGCAAUCACAAAUGCAGUUGCCAAUCUUAUGGGGAUAAUUGGACCAUUGGUUGUAGGAUACUUUACAGCAACUGGCUCAACCAUACACAAUUGGAGUGAAGUCUUUUAUACUGCUGCAGCUGUUUACUUUGUAAGUGGUGCAAUAUUCGCCAUUUUUGGAUCUGCUGAGGUACAACAAUGGGGAACGGCUACAGUUGAAGUUAAAGAGGAAAAGAAUGAAAAGAAGUUGAGCAUAAUACCUGACGUCAUCUGUUCCCAUUGAUGGUUCUGACUUAACAGGGAAAAAAUGGAUCAGUGUCGAGUAUUGACAGCACUCUGCCAAGCUCAAGCGCUUGAAUGCAAAACUUUUCAAAAGCAAAGAAAGUAUAAUGCAGUUGUUCAACGAAAUAAAGUUAACUCUGCCUAGGGCGAAAUUGAUUGGUGUGAAAUCAAAAAUUCCGUCUUAGACAGUUUUCGUGACUUGCAAAAAAGAACAUUUUUUUUAAAUGCUAAGAUUAUUAUGAUUACAUCGCAUUAAUGAAAUUAACUAAUCUUAUUCAACUUAAAAAAAGAUGACUAAAAGUAGGGUUACACUCAUUUCAAAAUUAAAUGCUUAAUUACUACUAUGAAAUGUAAAAUACAUUUUCUUCUAGAGUUAUCCUUGGAUUUGCAAUGAAUAUUUUUUUAAACAAUAAAGACCUUAAACAAUAUA